AUGCAAUCGACGAUUUUGCAGCUCGGUAUUAUUGGCGCCCUUCUCCGUGGUGUACAACUUCGCAAAAAAUCCCAGCAGACCACCCCAGCCCCAGUGACACUAAAUCCGGCCGACUGGCGCAAUGGCACGCGCGAAUUUCAGGGAAAUAUCAUGCACUACUACUAUAAUGGUGACUACGCUGCCGCAUGGAUCGAGAUGAUACCCAACCUGUGCGAGGCUAGCAGCCCCCCUUGGGAUAUUGAUUAUAACGCGCAGAUUUAUCAAUUACCAUAUGCUCGCGAGUACUACAACAUUGUCGUCGACGCCCGGCUUACGACAAAUUACCUUAUGGCGAGUUUU